CUCAAAGGCGGCCGUGAUUGGGCGAACAGAGCGCUGUAUGGGUACCACCUGAUGGGGGCGUGGGCGUUGAGAAAACGUCACGGGGCGCUCUCCGUCGAAAAAGUCUUCCAAGUGGCUGAGCAGGGAGCACACAGCCCAGCCUUGUCAAGAGGUUGACGCCAGCGGACCCACGCGUGUGUCUCCCCACCAGCCGCGCCGAGGAGGCUCGCGUCGUCGGCGGAUACCUUGUACCCAGGACGGCUCGCCGACGAGCACCAAGCACGAGAUUAUGGGGUGUAGGCUCCCUAAAUUGCGCAAAGCCGAAGAGACGCAAAGCCCAGGCAACAUCUACUCCACCCUGCGAAGGCCUCAGGUGGAGACCAAAGUGGGAGUCUCCUACACCUACCAUUUCCUGGAUUUUCUCUUGGGGAAAGAAGAGGUGCCAGUGUCGUCGGUGCUCUGCCUCUCUUCGGUCCGAGAACUUCCCGUCCAGGUCCGAGAGCUCUACUCGCAGGGUUUCGUCCUGGUCUCGGUCCACCCGUUUGUGCACCCCUGCGGUCCCCAUCACGCCCGCAUCCAGCGGCAGCUCCACCGGGCUGUGUUGGUGCGAGAAACACCGAGCUGGGAGAGAAGCCAGGAAAGCAGAUUGUGGAGACACCGACUGGAGACAGACGUGUGCGCGGCCGGCCAUCAGGCGGCUGAUCCGGACGUGAUUCAGAGUUACGUGAAGAGGAUUCAGGAUGUAGCAGAGCAAGGGGUGACGUUCGUGGGCUUUCUCCAGCAGCCGGGGGGGGCGCCCUGCUUCACGGCGAACUGGGAGUCCGACGACUUCUCGUCCUUGCACUCCAGCCCCUCCCCCAUCCACCGACACCCCCUCAGCGUUCAACCCAGCCCGACGGAUCCUUUGGAAGUGCAUGAAAGUGUCGAGCACCCGAGACGGGCUCGCGAGGCUUCGCUGAGUUCAGAAGCAAACUUCGCUGCCUGGACUUCUGAACUCCACCCGCAGGGCUCGAUUGAUCAGGUUCAGAUCUCUCAGAACCCCCUCACAGAGUCACUUCAAGCAACAAGCCAAACUUUAGAUCACAGAGACGCCGUUCAACCACCCGAAAGUCGGGACCCGGCCGGGACUCGAGAAAGGCAGCUGAGUCCCGGAGCUCCACAAAGUACGGGGUCAAACGAACAAGAGGACCAGAGCCCGCCAGGACUCGGAUCUAAAGUUCCAAGUCGGCGAGAGCGAAAAGGAUCAGCCCCGGACCUGACUUGGAACAACAACCACAUCUGCGUGAAAAGAGAGACGGCAAAGGAUGACCCUUCAGCGCCCUCACAGACUCGCCUGCAGCUGUUCGCCUUGUACAACUCGACGGGCGAGCUCGACGCGUCUCCGAGGUUCUAUUCGCUCAGGGUGCCCUUGCGCGUUCGGAAGGAGGCGGGGCUUGUCACCGAAGUCGACGGCGAUUGGCUCGACCACAUGACGCAGCACUUUACCAACGGAGCGCAACUCGUUGACGGCUUUUUCCACCUCAGGGAUGAUAACGAUAACGGCGUUUCAUCUGUAGACAGCGUGUUCAUUUUCCACAACUCGACCGAGGAGACCACAAGCACCUCCUAUGACGCCAUCGUGGUGGAGCAGUGGACUGUCAUUAACGGUGUGGUCGUGAAGGCGGACUACAUCCCAUUGCUGCAGUCGCUGGCUCCUUAUGGAUGGAGGCUGAUGUGCGUGCUGCCCACACCCAUCGUCAAGACCAACAGUGACGGGAGUUUGUCGACUAAGCAAAUCCUCUUCCUUCAGAGACCUCUUUUGCAGCGCAGGAGAAAAGACUUCAAGAUGCUGAACCUUCGAGGUCGCCACAAGACAAAAAAACACUCAUGCGGAGAGAUGCUCGAGGAGGGCGAGGACAGGUCGCUUGUUACGGAGACGGAGAUGGGCAAGUUGAGACACAUAAAUGAGGAGGACGGCGAGGGCGGGGGGGGCUGGCCCACGGGAAGGACGGAGGGAUGGAGCGAGGGGGAGGGCGACGAGGACGCGCAUCCAGAGGGCCUCUCGUUCCUCUCGGGCGGCCGCGAGCCGUCGCCGGAAGACCGGGAAGAGGAGACGGACGUCGACGGCGUGCCGGCGUCCCGGCGGGAAAGGGCGGCGAGGUGGACGGACGUGUGCCGCGGGGACGGCGGGGGAGUCCGAGAGAAGGUAAAGACGGACGACAACAUCAAACGGCAACUCUUUUCCGGUGUCUGUUGACGUUUUGGCCCACCAAAAAAAAAAAAAAAGAAGUUGGAUUGAGCCUCAAGACACAUUUCUGGUGGUUUUGGUUUUCCCCCAACUUAGUCCACCUCUUCUCCCGACGCAAUUGUAGGAAACAUAAAUACUGCGCAAAAGUAUCAACGUAGCACAGCACGCACGUGUGGUAUGUGGAGCAGUUCGUACUCAAUUUAUCCAAUAAAAUGGUGAAAAAUGAAAUACAUCAUCGGGAGGGGCAACUCAUGGCAGAUAAAUAAAUAAAUCCGUAAAAUUGAAAUGGUGAAAACCAGUUUUAACACUACGCGAGCAUUCUUUACUGCAUAGUUACUAGUUUUCAGAAAUGAGCUUCAAAUAUGUGUCAUGUAUUUAGAAACAAAUGCAUGACUUCGCUUUAGAGCAGGGGUGUCAAAUACAUUUUUGUCGCGGCCCACAUUGUCGCGACGGUUCCCCUCAGAGGGCCAAUUUUGAGUGUCGGACCAUGAAAACAUUGAAUUGCCUUAUCGUAUUUACACAUGAAAUGUAUGAACUAGUUAUCGAAUCAAACAUGGAGGGUAAUGUUUUGUUUUUUUUUUCAACUAUUGGUCACGUUUUGUAAUGCUUGUGAUAGUAUUAUCAUUUCUGAUGUAUGACGGUUUGAAAUUUUGGUCCAGAUUUCCACAAGAAUCACAGAAGUUGACACACUUGACUUGCAUUCGUGGGCCACAUAAAAUCAUGCGGCGGGCCGAAUGUUGCCCCCGGGCCUUGCGUUUGACACCGGUGCUCCACAGGGUCGAGAAAUUAUACCGACCUGCAGAUUACGUCGUCAUGGCAGCACAUAGAGGCUUGAAUUUGAUUGGACAGAAAAACAUCAACAUGUAUUGGAAGCUGUGCAGCUAAGAGAAAUGCUAGGAAAUUUUGAGAACAGACAUUUAUCAUCAAUGAAUACAUUUUCAGGGACCUAUUAAUAGACUUUAGGUUGUAAAUGUAGGGCAGUGAUAAAGGACCUGACCGCUGAUAUCUGAACAAUAAAUGGGUAAUCAAUUAAACCAACCAAUUAAUUGGCAUCCAAUCCGUUUUUACUGGACUUUCCAUACCUCGGCUAUCAACAGUAUCUAUCUCACAACUAGAAUAAUGCUCAGAUUUGAUUGAUACUAUCGCCGAAGUAUUGAUUAAAUUAAUCAGUAUCGUGAUUCGUGGUACUGGAUGACUAUAGUGUGUCCCACAAUACUUUUAUAUUUUCCCGUAAACUCUGUUAUGCAUAUGCAUAUAUAUUAGUGGAGAGGUUUUGCAAUACACCUUCAUCACCCCUCCCAAAUCUAUUGCUGAAAUAUUAUAUAUAUCAUAUCUGAAAAUUGUUAUAAAUACACCAAAAGUUAAAAUGGCAGCAGGCACAUUUUUAAAACUAAUGUAUGCCAGUAAAAAAUAAAUUAAUAAAAUAACUACAUAUAUUUAUUGUUUUGUUUUUUCCGGGCACUCCGGUUUCCUCCCACAUCCCAAAAACUAGCAACAUUAAUUGGCUGGCAACCAGUUCAGGGUGUGCCCCGCCUCCUGCCCGUUGACAGCCGGGAUAGGCUCCAGCACUCCCCGCGACCCUAGUGAGGAUAAGCGGCAAAGAAAAUAGAUGAAUGGAUAUUUAUUAUUGUGUGCAGUGGUGUUGAAGUGCACUACACUGCUUUAUUUGUCACGUACUGUCAGGUGAAGCAGUGCAGUUCUACCGCAAUAACAAAGUUAUAGCAGUGUUGAAUAUUUAUUAAACUCCGCUUUGACAAUAUCAAUCAAAAGUGAGCAUUAUUGUUGUGCUUAGAAUAUUUGGUUCCACUCAUGUAUCGGCUGUUAAAUGACUGUACAGGUGUCCCUAAUAUUGUGACUGUUAUGGGGGAAAUAAAAUGAAAAUUAAAAAAAAAAAUCAUCCAUCUGCUCCACUUUGGGAAUAUAAAUGAAGCGGAGGUUUUAUCUCUUUGAAAUAGGAAUCAGCGUCGUGCACUUUUGCUGGUUUUUGAGUCACCGUUGCUAAUUGGUGCGCUGGUAUGAAAACGAGACGAACAAAGUCGGAACAGUCGGGCGCUUUUUCCCAUCCACUCAAAAGUAUUUUGUUGCCUUCUUUGCUGCUUUACUGCUGUUAAGACUGUUCCGCGUGGACGUGGUGCCGCCGCCGUUGUAGUAAAUUGUGUGGAAAUUAGUUUGUACGCGGGGUACGGUGUCGCGUUUGCGAGGUGGUUGAUGCCGAAAAUGAAAAUAACCUUUUUUGUCACAUUUUGCUCCAAACAAUUUCU